UCUCUCCCCUAGGGGUCGUCGGAGGAGGCGGCUACCCAAGAGGGCUGGGCUGGACGGCGGCCGGCUUCGGAAAAGGGCUGUGCAAAAGCGGCGCUCUCGAAGGUGCAGGAGCGCAUCGCUCUCCCCUCUCCCCGUUCCUCCUACGGCAGCGGGCAGCUCUCUGGGCCCGCAGCCACAGGCACGUGCGGCGGCUGCGAGGGAGGAUCGCCGGGGAGGAAGGGGAACUGGUUGGUCGUGAAGAAGCCGGCUCAGCUGGGCAACCCGCGUCCGGGAUGCAUCUUUCCCCAAGGGAUCCUCAGGGGCCACUUGGCUUGUGAAGAGCCCCCGUUUCCACUGGAGUGUGCUGUGCAACGAGGGUCCACCCAGCCCGGCGCCCAGAGAGACGGCAGGCAGCAUGCUGGUGAAAGAGUAUCGGAUCUGCAUGCCCCUCACCACCGAAGAGUACCGUGUUGGGCAGCUGUACACCAUCAGCAAGCACAGCCACCAAGAGAGUGACAAAGGGGAAGGUGUGGAAGUGGUGAAGAAUGAGCCCCACGAAGACCCUGUCCACGGCUGUGGCCAGUUCACCGAAAAACGUGUGCACCUCUCCAGCAAGCUGCCUAGCUGGGCUCGCGCUGUGACGCCACGAAUAUUCUACAUCACAGAGAAGGCCUGGAACUAUUACCCGUACACAAUCACAGAGUACACGUGCUCUUUCCUGCCAAAGUUCUCUAUCUACAUAGAGACCAAGUACGAGGACAACUGCGGAGACAGCACAAAUAUCUUCCACAAGGAAAACAUAUUGGGAGACCACGAUGUGACAUUCCUGGACAUCGCCUUUGAUGAAAUCCCAGAGCGCUACUACCGGAGCCUAGAGGAUCUCCGGUACUUCAGCUCGACCAAGACUGGCCGUGGCCCACUGCGGGAGGGCUGGCGAGAGCACACCAAACCCAUCAUGUGCUCCUACAAGCUGGUGACGGUCAAGUUUGAGGUGUGGGGGCUGCAGACACGGGUGGAGCAGUUUGCUCACAAGGCCAUCCGGGACAUCUUGCUGAUCGGCCACAGGCAAGCUUUUGCCUGGGUGGACGAGUGGUGUGGGAUGACGAUGGACGAGGUGCGCCUGUACGAGAAGGAAACCCAGGAGGCGACCAACGAGAUUGUUGGCAUGGCGGAGCCCACCUUCACCCUCAGCGGAAUGCGCCUGCCCCCCAACACCCAGAGCGCCCCUUCCACUCCCCUCAGCGGCGACGCGCCGGACUUCCUCAGUGUGCCCAAGGACAGACCGCGGAAGAAAUCUGCCCCAGAGAUGCUGUCUCUGCCGGUCCUGAGGGAGCGUGCCAACGCAGAGUGACGCCUGGCCCCACAAGGCUUACCCCAGCUCCUGUUUUGCCACCCCUUCCUUCGUCAAAGAGACUUGCCCCCCACACACUUCAUUUCCACAGGAAGGCAUGUACCUUGCUUUCGUCUGGUUUUUUAAAAGAAAUUAUUUAUGUGUGGGUUUUUUUUUUUUUUUAAUGACCUUUCUGAGUUUCUCUUUGUCCUGAACUCGGCAACACCCACCUGCUGGACUGAGGAAAGGCCUACGACUUGUGGCCCGCCACUCCCCCGGAUUUCAGCAGCUCUCUUGAAAAGUAAACCUUUCUGACUUGUU